UGCCCAGGAACACCCGGACGAAACUGGAAGACAAGCACCAGGGGAGAAAGUCAGACAAAAAGGAAGAUUCAAGCCACCUUUUCAUGUCGUCUUUGAGAUCUUUAUCGUCCAGAUUGAAUUGACCAUCUCGAUACCAGAUUUCCAGUGUGUAAGCGAAGCUCGACCCGAACUUGAAGUCAAGUCACGGCCCAUUUUUCCACUUGCAAACCAGGCUUGUGGCGGUCUUAGGGCCUUGAAAGUGGCGUACGAUUGGUUGUUGUCUUGGAUAAACAGAGUCUGGUUUCCAAGGAGUUAAGUCACUGCCAAUCGGCUCGGCUGACAAGAACGCUUGCAACCACACGAAGAAGAGACCUUUCUUUCGCUUCUCUCCAACUCGUUUCUAGUGGCACCAAAAGACUCAGACGGAGACAGAAGAAACGAACGGGUUAGUUGCUGUGAAGUGACGUGAUACCAUCAUUUGGAGUCGCCCCAUUGCUUCCAACUCGGAUAUCAGCCAUGGCAAGGCAGCCUUGAUAACCAGUUUGCAUCUCAUUUGGGACAUCCCGCGUUAUUCCAAGCUUGGAGAAGCCUUCUUAGAAAGAUGAUGAAUCGCUAUGUGACCCUGCAACAACUGGGCGAUGGGACCUACGGAUCCGUGGUCCUUGGACAGCGGGUGGACACCGGCGAAAAGGUGGCCAUAAAGAGAAUGAAACGGAAGUAUUACUCUUGGGAAGAGGCCAUGAACCUUCGGGAGGUGAAAUCCUUGAAAAAACUCUCCCAUAACAACGUGGUGAAACUCAAAGAAGUCAUCCGUGAAAACGAUACGCUCUACUUCGUCUUCGAGUACAUGAAGGAGAACCUGUAUCAACUGAUGAAGGAGCGGUAUGACCACGGAGACAAGCUCUUUCCGGAGCAUAUGAUACGCAACAUGAUGUAUCAAGUCUUGCAAGGACUGGCUUUCAUGCACAAGCAUGGCUAUUUCCAUCGAGACAUGAAGCCAGAAAACCUGUUGUGCAUGGGUCCUGAUUUGGUGAAAAUCGGAGAUUUCGGAUUGGCCCGUGAGAUCCGCUCCAGGCCCCCGUACACCGACUAUGUGUCCACAAGAUGGUAUCGAGCCCCCGAGGUCUUACUCCGUUCCACCAUGUACUCUGCUCCUAUUGAUAUUUGGGCGGUGGGAUGUAUAAUGGCGGAGAUGUACACGUUUCGUCCACUGUUCCCGGGCAACUCCGAAAUUGACGAGAUCUUUAAGAUUUGCUCAGUCUUAGGAACUCCGGACAAACGGGAAUGGCCUGAAGGCUUCAAGUUGGCGGCCACCAUGAAUUUCAAAUUCCCCCAAUUCACCGCCACACCCCUAGCAUCAUUGAUUCCAACCGCGUCCAAGGAGGCCAUUCAACUGAUGACUGAUAUGAUGAAAUGGAAUCCGGCUCACCGACCGUCAGCGCAGCAAUCCCUGAGAUAUGCAUAUUUCGCCCAAAAUGUCCAGCAAGACGCCGGGAACGGAACUUUGGUUCAGCAGACCAUGAAACAAAGCUAUGCCCGACAGACUGGGGCGGUACCCAACGAUAUGGGUCGCGCCCAUGUUAAGUGGGGACAAGAGCCUCCAGAGGAAGAUUUCCGGGAGGUCCAAGUCCAACAAGUAAACAGUCGUCGUCAAUCUCAGAGUCAGCACCAGUUGCCAAGCAUCUCGAACACCCAACUCAACGGCACAGCUAUGGGCGGGUCAAGGUCACAUCCGGGUUCGAAUGUGGGAUCUCGCUCACAGUCCCAAAUCAACUACAACGGAAUCUCGCCACCAGACCGGGGGCGAUCUCCGGGUGGCGCAUUAAGUGGGCGUACCAAUUGGAAAGCCAAAUAUCUGAACUAACCAUGUGAAUGGUGAGCAAAUGUCACGUGCAAUCGGUCGGGCAGCGGAAACACCACUUCCCCUGUGAUCAAGAAUUCAAAUCAAUGGAUCUUCUUGAGCUCAGGAUUUUGCGAGUUGCAUUCUUCGCGGCAUUUUAAGUGCAGAAGUUUGACAGCUAUAUGCGAACAGAAGACUACUUCAUUUAAUUCGCCAUUCAAAUGCAAUUCUUUUAAUCCUAGACACAACCAUACCAUCACAGUUCAGCCAAAGCAAAGCGAACUCUGUCAAAUUCGAAUGGUUAAAAUCGUCCGGCGAAAUCGACCGGGACAUGACAUCUCAAUUUGCAAUUGUGCCACAAACCUUUCAAAACUCGUACGAUGAGGUGAUUGAAUAGUUUUUACCUUUUUUGAGGUAGACUGAAUACGUUGAAUGAUAUAAAUUUUUCUCGAAUAAAACAAACUUUAAACUU